UUUGCUCCUGCUAUGUCAACGCGUGCGUGUUUCUGUGAACCAACGGCGAGGUAGGAGUAGUAUUGCAGUUUGUGCCGCAACGCUGACUGUGAUUCCAAAUCGAAUCCCGUCUCGAUCCAAAAUCCAAUCCCACCUCCGCCCCCCUUCCUCCCACCACGGGUUUGCGCCGGUGGUUCGCCGUCGGCGACGCGUGCGCGCGCGCGCGCGCAUUCACCGCCGCUGCAGGGAGUUCUCUAUUAGCACUGUCCAGUCUCGUCUCCGUCCGCUGAGCCCCAGCGCGGACGGCGGCAAUGUCGCGCCUCCAUCCCCGCUACUUCUCCAGCUCCAUCUCCUCACUCGCCGACGAGCUGCUGAGCGAACUCCACCAUCAUCUGGGCUCAGGGACGCUCAGUCCGCAGCUCGCACACCAACUGUUCGACGAAAUGCUGCGCCAACCCGUCCCAGUAUCAUCGCGUGCACUCAAUGGCUUAUUUGCUGCCCUCGCGCGUACGCCACCCUCCACCACCUGCACAGAUAGCCCUGCCCUCGCCAUCAAUCUCUUCAACCGCAUGGCCCGAGCAGGUCGCGGCAGGGUGAUAGCACCCAGCAGUCACACCUACAGCAUACUAAUUGAAUGCUGCUGCCUCGCGCGCCGUCCGGACCUUGGGCCUUCCUUCUUCGCUCACCUCCUCAAGACAGGCGUCACGGCAGACGUCGUCAUCUUCAGUGGCUUAUUCAAGUGCCUCUGUGACAUGAAGCGGGCAGACGAGGCUCAGGACAUACUGCUCCAUAGGAUACCUGACGACCUGCAUGAUGCCAUCUCCUACUCAGUAAUUCUCAAGAGCUUCUGCAACAAUGGAUUGAGCCAGCGUGCGCUUGACCUGCUCCGGAUGAUGGCCAAAAAAGGUGCUGACCACUCCCCGGGUGUGUUUGCAUACAGCAUGGUAAUCCAUGGCUUCUUUAAAGAGGGUGAAGUAAGCAAAGCAUGCGAUCUAUUCCAUGAAAUGAUACAACAGGGGCCUGUGCCUAAUGUGGUGACGUACAACUCUGUUAUCGAUGCGCUAUGCAAAGCAAGAGCAAUGGACAAGGCAGAGGUGGUUCUUCGAUCAAUGGUUCAUAAUGGUGUCCAACCAAAUGUUGUGACAUAUAAUAGCUUGAUCCAAGGAUAUUCAACUGUGGGACAGUUGAAAGAAGUCGCUAGGUUGUUGAAAGUGAUGAGAAGCCAAGGUGUUAUGCCAAGUGUUGUUACCUACAACUCACUCAUGGGCUACCUUUGCAAGCAUGGAAGAAUCAAAGAAGCUGAGGAAAUAUUUUUUUCCAUGACCCUGAAUGGCCGAAAACCAGAUAUAGUCUCAUACUCUAUUAUGCUCCGUGGGUACGCUAUAGAAGGAUCCCUUGUUAAAAUGAUUGAUCUCUGUGAGCUGAUGGCAAGAGAUGGAGUUGUACCUGAACUCCAUUGUUUCAACAUACUGAUUAGUGCAUAUGCUAAGUAUGGAAUGAUGGAUGUGGCUAUGCUUUUCUUUGAAGACAUGUUGAAGCAGGGGCUGAACCCUGGUGAUUUCAUUUAUUUAACUGUGAUAUCUGCAUUUUGUAAGAUGGGCAGGAUGGAUGAUGCUCUGGAAAAAUUCAAUGAGAUGAUUGAUAGGGGGGUACCACUUGACACAAAAAUUUACAUGUGCAUGAUUGAGGGUUAUUUGAAUCGUGGUGAUUCUGUGAAAGCCGAGGAAUUUAUUACCAAAAUGAAGAGUAGGGAUAUUCGUCAUAGGCCGCGGAAGGGUAAUUGAUGAACACGGCAUCUUUGACUUGGUUACCCGUACUGGUGCUCGAGUAACCGACUGCAUCGACCACUGGGGGAGCAACAUGGUUUUUGCCAUCAAUUCCCAAGUGUUGCGGGUGCUCGAGUAACCGACUGGAUCAACAAAUGGUGAACAGCUCCAUGCCAUAUCUUGCCUGGUAUUCAUGGUUUCCGCCGAGAUCUUUAGAAGAAUGUGCAGAUAACGUGUUGUUAAUUUUUCCUUUCUGGACAAAGGGUUUGGUGCAGACCUUAUGUUGCGCAUGUAUAUGCUCGAUCGAUUGACAAUGACUGAUGAGUUGUAGAUCCAGUAAUGAUGUGUCCCUACCUGAACUGAA